AUGACAGGAUAUCUCCGGAAACAAGAAUCUAGUCCUUUGGGCUCCUUCUCCCUGGCCAUCCCACUGGAGAUGCUGAGUGGGACCCAGGCACCUUCUGGCUCUUUCAUGGCAGUGGCCAGGUUUGAGAGGUUAGUGAUCUUUGCCUCGUUUUGGACAUCAUCACCUCCUGCCAAAGUGUUGCCUCAGCACCGAUCUUUUUCCAGGGAGGACCCAUGGCGGGUGGCAAAGAUGGUCAAGUCUUACCUUCAACAGCACAACAUUCCCCAGAGAGAGGUGGUGGAUACCACUGGCCUCAACCAAUCCCACCUCUCCCAGCAUCUCAACAAAGGCACCCCAAUGAAGACUCAGAAGCGGGCUGCCCUGUAUACCUGGUAUGUCCGCAAGCAGCGGGAGGUGGCCCAGCAAUUCACCCACGCAGGACAGGGUGUACUGGCUGAGGAGCCCAUGGGAGAUGAGCUGCCCACAAAGAAGGGGAGGAGAAACCGUUUCAAGUGGGGUCCAGCCUCUCAGCAGAUCCUAUUCCAGGCCUAUGAGAGGCAGAAAAACCCCAGCAAGGAGGAGAGGGAGGCUCUGGUGGAAGAGUGUAACAGGGCUGAGUGCAUCCAGAGAGGAGUCUCCCCAUCACAGGCCCAGGGCUUGGGCUCUAACCUGGUCACCGAAGUGCGUGUCUACAACUGGUUUGCCAAUCGGCGGAAGGAAGAGGCCUUCCGGCACAAGUUAGCCAUGGACACGUUUAGUGGGCCCCAGCCUGGCCCGGGCCCUUCACUCUCUGCACAUGGAUCCCCUGGCCUGCCCCCACCUUCCAUCUCCCCCAGCAAAGUCCAUGCUUCAGGUGUUCGCUAUGGCCAACAGCCGACUAGCGAGGCAGACUCCUCAGGGGGCAGCGGCCACGGAGGGGGCAGCAUGGUGACGACUCCCACCAUCCUGCACCAGAUCUCCCCACCAGGCCUGGAGCCCAGCCACAGCCUGCUAAGCACUGAUGCCAAGCUGGUCUCAGCAUCUGGGGGGACCCUUCCCCCUGUCAGCACCCUGACUGCCCUGCACAACUUAGAGCCAACGCCUGCAGGGAUCAACCAGCAGCCCCAGAAUCUGAUCAUGGCUUCCCUCCCCGGGGUCAUGGCCAUUGGAGCUGGCGAGCCGUCUUCCUUGGGCCCUACCUUCACCAACACAGGAGCUUCUACUCUGGUCAUUGGCUUAGCCUCCAGCCAGGCACAAAGUGUGCCUGUCAUUAACAGCAUGGGGAGUAGCUUGACCACACUGCAGCCUGUCCAGUUCUCCCAGUCACUGCAUCCCUCCUAUCAACAGCCACUCAUGCAACAGGUGCAGGGCCACAUGGCCCAGAGUCCCUUCAUGGCCACCAUGGCCCAGCUCCAGAGUCCUCAUGCCCUCUAUGGUCACAAACCUGAUGUCGCUCAGUACACACACACUGGCCUCCUCCCCCAGACAAUGCUCAUCACGGACACGGCCAAUCUCAGUGCACUUGCCAGCCUGACGCCCACCAAACAGGUUUUCAGCUCCGACUCUGAGGCCCCCAGCGAGUCUGGUUUACACACCCCAGUGUCUCAGGCUUCGACCAUCCACAUCCCCAGCCAGGACCCAGUCUCCUCCAGCAGCCUGGUGCUGUACCAGGGUUCUGACUCCACCAACAGCCAUAGCCAGCUCCUCUCCUCCAAUCACAGUGUCAUUGAGACCUUCAUCUCUACACACAUGGCGUCUUCCUCUCAAUAACCAUGGCGACCAUCCCUGAAGAUGCUGCUCUGUUGGGGAAAGGCAUCUCCCACUGAAAGGGGUCAGAGAAGCCAGAGACCCUUAGGCCUCUUCCGACUCCCCUCCAACCUUCACCGCCACAAUGGGACAAGGACCCUUGGGAAAACUCUUUCAUGAGCUGAACAUCAGAAGGAAUCCUGGUAACCCUGACCAUCCAGAUCUCUGCCAGCUUUGAAGGGUGAAGAGGGCCUUGGACAACACAUACCAUGUCAUAGAAUGUUAGGAGGGACCUCACAGGUCAUCUAGUUCAUCUCUCUCAUUUUAGGGAGGAGGAAACAGGUCGGAGGGGUGAAGCGAUAGGUGCUCCCUGGGCAUAAUGUGCCGGAGGCCACAUAGCUAGAUGACAGCAGAGCUGGAACUCCACCAAGGCUGCCCGCCUCAGUCUUGAGCUCUUUUCCCUAGUUCACACUGUCCUGGGGACUCCAAAUCACCAGUUCUUUGGGCCUGCCCUGUUUCCCCAAGCUCAGCCACACUGGCCAGUGUCCGAGCCAAGCCGGAGGGAUGGAAAGGGUAGGCUCCAGCUCUUCCAGAGCAAGGCUGUACCACCUACCUUGUGCCUACAAGCAUAGGCUGGGAUGCUUCACUCUGGCCACCUCGAGGUGAAGUUCUCUGGAUUUGGCCAGCACCAAGCAGAAAGGGUGUCUCAGCAGGAUCCCCUUCCCAGCCACACUCCUCAGCAAGAGUUCCUGCCAGCUUUGACUGAACCACGAUCACCAGUGCCUUGGCAGUCUAUGCUUUCAUGUAGGCUUUGUUCUUCCAUCUCUUUCCAGGCACAGCUUUUCAUUUCUUCCUUUGCUCAGUUCUAUCGAGCCCUUCUGCGGAUGUCAAUUUGUGGGCCUGGAUUCACUUGGGGGAGGGUAGCUCCUGCUUCCCCUAUCUACCAUUCUGGGGCCUUAGCAACAUCGUGACUAAGAGAGAUGGGAGUGCUCCUAUGUACUAAGGCCAGGGGACAGGACUAUCUGGGGGAGGCAGUUCCAUCUGGCAAAAGGGAGAGGGCCAGAAGGUAAGAAGGAGGCCAGGAGAAACUCAACAUUUGCUCCCAGAAAGACAACACUAUUUCUGAGUGGAAACUAGACUGAGGACUUUAGCCAUCCAUGUCUCAGUGUUGCCAUAGGCAAAGACCUGCCUCUUGGCUAAGAGCUCUGGUUGUAUUCACAGUAUGACCUGUGCUUUUGGGGACCCCCUGUGCCUGUGGUUCCUGAAUAGGGACUGGAAGAGAAUGAACAGGACACAGAAAUCUCUGCUUGCUUCCAAGCAGGGGGUGAACCGACAGAUAAAUAAAUAAAUAAAUAAAUAUGUAUUUAACUUUCAGCCAGAGAGUUUUUGGUUUCUUCACACUGUCUUAGGGGGCAGGUGGCAGAGAGAUUCUGGGGGUGGGGGCCAGACUAAAAGUGUGACCAGCUCAGUUCUUUUUUUUUUUUUUUUAAGCCCUCACUGUCUGUCUUCGUAUCAGUUCUAAGACAGAAAAGAAGCAAAGGCUAGGCAUUAGUGGUUAAGGGUCACAUAGCUAGGAAGUGUCCGAGGCCAGAUUAGAACCCACGUCUGGCCAACUCCA